AUGAAGUCCUUUCUUUCUAUCUUACUCCUCCUCCCUGCCACUUUGGCGACCGAUACUUGCGUCGCCGAAUCGGGCUGCGCGGGCUGCGGACCAGUUGCCAGUGCCAGUUUCGUCCAGAGCGGCAAUAAGCAAGUCGCGACUGCUCCGGGCUGGGCCACUAUGACUGUGUCGGGCUCCACCAUCGCGCUUGAGAACCUUUCCGGCAGCACUCUGACCGUAUGCAACUAUGGGGUUGUCUGCUAUUACAUCAGUCCGAAGAGCGAUUGCACCGUCGGAGAGCCGAGCAAUUUCAACGUCCCAAUUGGCCUGCAGGUUUGGCAGCACCCUUAG